CGCUCUCUCAAGAAAGUGGCUCAUUUUGCUCUCGUUGCGAACUUGGACGAAUUUGCUCUCGUUGCGAACUUGGACGAACUGGACGGUAAGAAUGCGCGCCAGAACGACGCCCGGCAAGCAUUCAAAUUUGAUGAUUUCCGUUAUGAGCUGAUAUUUUUACCUGCCCGGGCAAUUUUUUUUCCUCCCAACCUUCCCGAAUCAUUCACCGGGUAUUUUAACUUCCCAGAUUAUUGCCCGCGACGCGUCGAACCAACGCCACGCAUAAUGUUGCCAUCUACACAUUCGGUCCAAUCCACUGGAUCAACGCGGGGUGGAGGCGCCCCACGUUUCGGGCAAAAGUCUAUAGAGGAUCGAGACCGGUCCCGUGAUACAAUUAAGCCCAAAAAGCGACGUUACAGGCCCGGUAAAAAUGCGCUCCGGGAAAUAAGAAAAUAUCAAAAAUCGACCGAAUUGUUGAUACGCCGAGCGCCGUUCGCGCGUGUGGUACGCGAAAUUACAAUGAAACUGGAUCCACGAGCUGACUAUCGUUAUCAAGUUAGCGCAAUCGCGUGUCUUCAGGAGGCUUCCGAAGCAUUUUUGGUGAAAUUAUUCGAGAAUGCGAAUCUGUGUGCCAUUCACGCGAGACGCGUAACGAUAAUGCCCCGAGAUGUACAAUUGGUUCGACGUUUGACGAAUUUUUAA